AUGGGGAACACGGAUAAGCUAUUGAAUCAGAUCAUGGACUUGAAAUUCACGUCGAAGUCUCUGCAACGGCAGGCGAAGAAGUGCGAGAAGGCCGAGAAAGACGAGAAAUUGAAGGUCAAAAAAGCCAUUGAGAAAGGCAACAUGGACGGCGCCAGAAUCUACGCUGAGAACGCCAUCCGUAAGCGCACCGAGCAGAUGAACUAUCUCCGGCUCGCUUCUAGGCUCGACGCCGUCGUGGCUCGGCUCGACACCCAAGCAAAAAUGACCAAUAUUAAUAAGUCCAUGGGUUCUAUCGUUAAAUCGCUGGAAUCAACUCUUGCUACAGGUAAUUUGCAGAAGAUGUCAGAGACAAUGGAUCAAUUUGAGAAGCAGUUUGUGAACAUGGAGGUGCAGGCAGAGUUCAUGGAGAGCUCAAUGGCAGGGUCCACCUCACUGUCUACUCCGGAAGGGGAGGUUAACAGCUUGAUGCAGCAAGUGGCGGAUGAUUAUGGUCUUGAGGUCUCUGUUGGGCUCCCACAACCAGCGGCCCAUGCUGUACCAACCAAGCAACAGGAGAAAGUUGAUGAGGAUGAUCUGUCAAGGCGUCUUGCUGAGCUUAAGGCUAGAGGUUAAGGAAGUGUUAUAAUUGAGUAAUUCGUAUGUGAUGUGUGAUUAUAUGUAUCGUCAUUGGGAUCAUAUUGAAAGUUGGAAGAACUUAUUAUGUGUAAAUUUAACUGAAUUGGGUUUUCCUAAUUUUACAUACACUAUGGUUGUCGCAUUACGGAUGUUGGUGCCAUUUAUGUGAUAUCUUGUAGAUCUUUUAUGCGAUAUCAACUCUAGUGA